UAUACACUCUUUCUUUGUUGAAAACCCCUCUUUGUUGAAUGCGACCGCUGCUGGUGCUGGUGUUUGCAGGGUUUGCAUUGGCGCUGGCGCUCGUCCUCGCGCACUCGACCGUGGCCAACGACCUGCUCCAGCUCGCCAAGAACAAGGUCACUGCACCGCACCAAGCACAACGACAGGGCGGCGGCGACGGCGACGGGGACGAAAGCCCGCUCUACGUGGUCGUCUCGGGCUAUGCCAACUUCACCCUGACGCUCGCGCUCAUCCCGUCGGAGGGCGCCGUCGUCGAGCUCGUCGAGAGCCACACUGGGACCAACGCGUCGUGGGUCGCUUGGCACCCGACCAACCAGUCUGUCGCGUACGCCGUCCAGGAGCUCAGCCCCCAAGGCCAGGUCGUCACCCUCGCUCCCGUCGCGCCGCUCUCGCUCAACUUUGACGUCAGAGGCAACCCGAGCCCGUCCUAUGGCGGCGCGCCGUGCCACUUGAUGAUCCACCCGUCGGGCCGCUUUGCGUUCGUCGCCAACUACGACGACGGCGUCACUGCCAUCUACAACAUUUCCGUACCCGGCAAUGCAAUCUCAGACAAGGCCUAUGCCGUGCGGCAAGAUGGGCAGAACGCUCACAUGAUGGCAACACGCCAUCUGGGCAACUACAUCUAUACGCCCUUCCUGGGCUCGGAUUACGUCGCGCAGUACACGUUCGACCCGCUGUCGGGCGAGCUCGCCCCGCUUGCGACCGCACCCACCUUCAAGGUCUUUGCAGGCUGCGGCCCGCGCCACAUUGUCUUCCAGGCGUACUCUGACGUUGCAUAUCUCAUCUGUGAGACCGGCAGCACCGUGCUGACGCUGGCAGUCGCGCCCACGGGCGAGCUGUCGCUGCUGCAAACGCUGUCCACCAUUCCCGAUUCCUUCAACGCGAGUCUCAACACUGGCGCGGAGGUGCACAUCUCCCCCGAUGGCCGAUUCGUCUACUGCUCCAACCGAGGGCACAACAGCAUUGCCAUGUUUGCCGUGGAUGCUGCCACAGGUCUGCUCUCCCCGCUCGGCUGGGAAUUUGGCAACGGAGGCAUCAACAUGCCUCGGUCGUUCGCUAUCGACCCCGUCGGCAACUGGAUGGUGGUUGCCAAUCAAGGCGCGAGCACAGUCACCAUUCUGCACAUUGACUGGAUUUCAGGCCUUCUGCAAACAAUGGGCACGUCCACUGUGCGUCUCAACAACCCGGCGUUUGUUGAUUUCCGACCAGUGGUGUGGUAAAACAAAAAAAGUUGUUUCAAGUGCCUAUUGUUUUUUUUUGGCUAAAGAAACCAACGUGAAUCGAAGAGCAAAGUCAGGCACUUUUGUUGCUACAGAAUUUGAAUUUGCCGAUCCGAAAGUUUUUGCUGCUGCGAAAACCAUGCUUGUGUUAUGUGUGUGUGUGUGUGUGUGUGUGCGGGAUAGUAGGAAUGUUUUAAUGGAAGCACAUUGCUUGGAGCCAGUUUUACAAAUGCAAAAUCAAA